GAUGACCAAUGUAAGUACGUUGUUCUAAUAUACAAUCAUUACUAAUAAUGGUCAACUUUGCUUACUUACUGAUUAAACAUUACUACUAAUUCUAGAUAAAACAAUACAACUAUUCUUGGAGAAAUAUGACAUGAUUAGAGGCUAGCAUCAGGGAUAUUGUCAACAGAAAGAUGAGGUCAAAUAACAAAGAAUGGCAAAAGCUUGAAAAAUUUCCAGAGCACUCAAAUUGUCUAUUUCAUUGGUUAACACCUGUUGGUUAAUUACAUUACUAGAGUGACUGGAUCUCAUGUAAAGCUUUCUGCUAUUGUGGUUAAAGAGACACUACCUAAUUCCUUUGAGGCCUUACAAGGGCAUUCCACAAACAGGAAUGCAAAUAUAUUGAUCAGGCUUUUGAGUAAAAUGGGUAUGCAAGAACCAGCUGGAAGAUUGGGAAGCUCCAAAGAAGAAAAUAUAAGAAGGUAUGUAACCGCAGUGUGAAGCAAGGUGCUGCCAACAGAGAAAACAGACCAUGAGAAAAUGCAAUUCUGAAGAUUAGAAAAUGACUAAAUUGCAUUAUCUUUAACCACGUUAACCAUUACAGGUUACCGGGAGGAACCCAUGGCAUAUUUGAAUACCAUAUUUGAAUAGCCGCAACUUCAUACUUUGUUCAGUCGGAACCAUGCAUCAGAAGGAUCAAGUUUGUCUAGCCAAGUGUGUUUUGGUCAUCAUUAUUUGCGCUUGGUGUCCACCAAUGCCUGUUCUUGCAAAGGAACUAACACCAGGGAGUGGCAAAACAAUUCCUAGUCGACAAUGCUACCUACAGAAGAAAGCACUAAAGAAAGAAUGCAAAAUUGACAGAUCAAUCGGUUGGAUCCAGCAAGAACCUAGAUGCAGAUUAGUCUCUUACGACAAAAUAAUACCUUUGCCUCAAACCAUGUUAGACCCAAGAGUAGACAGUCUUGAGUUUCCAUCCAUCAUUCUGAAUGCAUCGUAUUACAAAAUGUGGUGCAUAUGGACUUCAAAAGCAUCAGCCCACCACCGGUACUAUGUGGCAGUGGAAAAGUUAAUUGCUAAUGAUGCUAACAACAGCACAAAGCUCUGCCUGCACAUCGACAAAGAGAGAAGAACUUGUCAGAAAGGGUCACUUCCAGCUAAACUUCCUGUUGCAGUCACUACCACAACAGGCAAGCUCCACAUCAGAGUUGAAUUCAGUAGAGGAGAUGCCCAGGAAGCAUCUGUUACUUUGAUUGGCCGAUACACUGAAGUUCAAAUAUCAACUCAUGUACCAGGCCAGACCACUACAGCACAACCUCUAUAUCUAACAGACCAAUGCCUAAACAAAACAAACCCAACAGCACCAAUGAUUAACCAUUACUACUUUGACCCUGUGAAAGAAGACUGUAUAAAGUUCAGACGUGCACACGCUAACAGAGCAUCACGUUAUACGGGACAUGAAUUUAAAGACAUGAGGACAUGUAGACAACAAUGCGUUUUCCAAAGUAUGAAAAGAUUGCGCAGUAAAGGAGCGUCAAGCUCAGCAGCAGCCAAAGCGGGAGAAACGGGAGAAGUUUUAACGAAUUCCUAGGAGUUAUGGCAUCAUCCCAUUUUUCUAGUACAAUAUAGAUACGAAAACUAUAAAGAUGCAAGGAACAAGCGACUGAAGACAGGUGAAAACACCGAGAAUUCUAUUUAACUCAUUUUCAUUGUAAAGUUCUUAUAUUACCAGCUAG